CGCGACAAGUGUAGCUCUAGUCCGGAAGUGCCUUUAAAAAAAAAUAAAAAAAAUAACUAGUUAGUCAGCUAGUGUAAGUUAAAGGUUGUAUCGACAUUAUGCUGAACGACAGUGAGUUUACUACGUUGCGGAAUAGAUUUCAAAAAGAUGCCGAGUUUCUCAUGCAAACAACGACAGCCGGUGACGAAGAUGAAAAGAGUCAGGGGGAAAAGGAUGCUAAACCUCUCCCUCGCAUUAACAGACACUCCAUUUUCUGGAUAGUUGCAUCUAUUGGUGUGACCUACUACGUGGACUUUCUGCAUAACAUCAUGGAAAAUGAUGACAUCAAAAGUUGGUGGUUCAAUGUAGGUCUGAUACUUCUUGGGGUCUGCCUGUCUCUGGCCAUGUUUUGCAUCGUGUACCUGGAGUGGUUCAAAGGCAUCCAGCACUACGACCAAGAGUACCCCGCCAUUCCUCCCAUCACCACGGCAGCCUUUAUUGCAGCAUCGUGCAGCUUGAACAUGGCACUGUGGCCAGUUUGGUCCUUCUUCACUCCACUCAUUCUCUUCACACAGUUCAUGGGUGUGGUAAUGUUCAUCUCUUUGCUUGGAUGAAUUGGACAGAUUGUGUGCAUUCGGCAGACCUACACUUGCAGCAGACUGAUGAAAGAUGUCUGCUGAAACAACACAACUCUUAUUGAUGCUUUUGUCUCAGGCAGUCAGCAUUGUUGGAUCAACAGAGUGUCGAUGUUUUUAUGACGCUGACCACCUCUCUUUAUGACUUGUCAUCAUUGUGUUUUCUUUAAGAAGCAAAGGACAACAGUGUCAAGAAACAGGACACUCUGUGUUGGGGGGUCUGCAAAGAGAACGUGUGAGUUUUGAGUGUAACAAGUUAAUGUUUUGAUUUUUUCCUACAAGGACAAAAGUUAAAACAGAUUUUCCUUUCUAAAAGGUGUUACUUAUACCAUAAACAUUGGCUUUGUUCUAUUUAAAUGAUUCAAUAGAUCUUGAAGAUGUGACAGCGAGCACACAGAAUACCUGGGAUCUGAAACUACAGCAGCUUAACGCAUUCAGCUGUAGUUCAUUUAAACUUACAUCCUCAUUGUUCCUCAUGUGAAAUGUUAAAAACAUCCUCUGGUACAAAGGAAAAUGGUGAAAACCCAACUGUCUUCAUUAAUAACCAUGUUGAUAAAAAAAAUGUGAAAUUAAUUUUUUUAACAAGAGGUUUGUUGUGAAGAAUAAAGUUGUUUUUUUUCUAUAAUAAACUUUUUUUUUUUUUUAAAUUUCACUGAAUUGAGGCCCUUUGCUGAUGAAUCACAACUAUAAACCAAUCCACAACAUUUAAAUAACUUAGUACCAUAUGCAAUGUUAGAUCUGAACAUGCUGCUGGGAAACCUCCUUAAUGCAGAGACUUUGCACUUCAACUCAUUUGUGGCCAAGAUGAAACAUUUGUUAGCAUUUUAUUAAAAAAAUGUUUUAAAAUCUGAA